AUGACAGUGAAGCAAAGCCCCAAUCGAGUGUUCAAGCUCAACAAUGGGACCGCCAUUCCUGCCAUUGGUUUUGGAACCUGGAAAUCUGCGCCUAAAGAUGCCUACGAUUCAGUGAAGUGUGCACUGCAGGCAGGAUAUAGACACAUCGACACUGCCUUUAAUUACGGCAAUGAGGAAGAGGUGGGAAGGGCUAUCAAAGACAGUGGCGUGCCCCGGGAAGAGAUAUUCCUAACAACCAAACUAUGGAGCACCUAUCAUAGUCGUGUAGAAGAGAACUUGGAUCUGUCCCUGCGUCGACUUGGGGUGGAUUACGUCGACCUUUAUCUCAUGCACUGGUACGCGUCCGAAGUUGUUCUGACGCAGGCUCUACUAGAGAGUCAAUUGUUGCUGAUAUGUGAGCAGGCCCGUUGCUAUGAAUCCCAAUGGCACCCCCCUAUAUUCCCACUGCUGCCAGAUGGAACCCGUGAUCUCCAAUUAGACAGACAUUUCACUUCUACUUGGAGCGACAUGGAAGCACUGCUGCAAACCGGCAAAGCUCGCUCUAUCGGGGUCGCAAAUUUCGAUGUCCACAAUCUCGAAGUCCUCAGGAACGAAUGUACCGUUACGCCUGCUGUCAAUCAGGUCGAGCUUAAUCCCUACUUCCAGCAACAGAAACUGAAAGACUACUGUGAUGCCCGAGGGAUUCACGUUACAGCAUAUUCACCACUUGGAUCUGCUGGGUCUUCGCUCAAAUCGGAGCCAUCUAUCUUAGAGCUUGCUAAAGUUCACUCUUGCGACCCUUGUGCUAUCAUCCUCUCCUGGGGAGCGCAAAAGGGCCACAGUGUCAUACCGAAGGUAAACCCACCCGUUGCGCCUGUUGAGCACUCAAUCACGCCCUCUCGCAUCAAGAACAAUUUCCUUGCGAUCAGCAUCCGCCUCACAGAAGAGGAAAUGGCACAAAUCGGGGGCCUCGAGAAAGGACUUCGAUUGUGUAAUCCUCCAUGGGGUAUAAAAGUAUUU